UCCAUCUCUCUCCUCCCUCCACAACACCCUACAGCUCUUUCUAUCUCUCAUCAUCCAAUGCGAUUGUCUGUUCUGCCUCUCUUGAUUGCGGGCGCUGGCCUCGUCAGCGCUAGUCCUUUGAGCGUGAUGAUAGCAUCCACAGACCUCUCUGCGAUGCGUCUGGGCCACCUCACAGCCGGUGCCGCCCACGCCCAGAUGAUGAACGCGGCUGCAGCGCAGCCCACGUCUGGCAGACACAUGCGCCACCUCUGCAAAGGCAUGCAGGACGGCGUCACCCGCUUCUUCGGUGUCUUCAGCUUCGGAUCCACGACCAAAGUCGUCACCCCCGUCCCCGCCCACGACACCAUCGCGCUCACCCGCCCCAACCUCCGCCUGCCUCCCCCCGCGCCCUACGGCCUCCGGCCCGGCGAGCCCGUGUUCAGGCCGCACGGCCUGCAGAUCGUCGACGACGACAGGGGUGGCGUCGUUGUGAAGAUGAAGGCCGAGCAGAUGCUCACCGAGAGCGGCCUCCCGGACCGCCCGAUGUUCGUCAUGCACUACCCGCUCAAUCACAGCGGCUCGUUCCUACAGCGCGUCCACCGCGCGCUCAUGUCCCUGGGCGCAUGGGAAGGCCGCGCCGUCGCCUUUGUUCUCGGCUGCGGAAUCGGCGUCCUCCUGCGCAUGUUCUACGUCCUCACCGUCGUAGUCUUCCGCGCCGUCCGCGGCAGCUCGUCCAGCUCCGUCGAGCUCCCCGAGGGCACCUACCGCGAGGUCAUGUUCGAGGACGCCGAGGCGAUCAUCGUGCCCCCUCCCCAGUACACCGACGAGAAGGUCGCCCUUGCCGCCGCCGCCGAGGUCCCCGCCGCGGAAGAGCACGCCCGCGCCUGAUUGCCCCCGCACGCGCGCGCCCGCUCUCGCUCCGCUCCUGUGAGCUGCUACCCGGCACGCUCUCAAGGCGCCCUUCCUCCACCAUCCAAGCAUCCGCUCCGGCAUCCCCCGUUCCCCCCUCUUCGUUGUAUCCAGCUUGAUAUUCCCGCGUCUGGCGACUCCGCGCCAGAUGGACUCUCCGCGCAUCGCAUCCCCACAUAAGAUAAUGAUAAAGAUAAGAUAAACAAACCAGAAUACAGAGCGCCUCUUCUUGCCCGCCCGUUCUUCCCGUUCGAUGUUGUACGUACCCGCUGCCUGACGUCUAUCAUAUACAUGUCUCCCUUUGCCGAC